AUGAGCGAUUCAAGCAUUGAGAAAGAGUUUAUGAACCUAAUUCUUCAGCUUAGUUUGAAAAGGCAACCGGUUAUGUCGUUGUUCUAUCUCAAAGAUGAGCUCAGAGGUGGUUCACGAUUGGAACUCCUCUUGAGUAGCUGGAAACAACAAACUAGCUAUAACAAAAUUGAAGAUGAUAGAUUGAAUUACCUACGACGAGGAGGUUUUUUUCCAGAUUAUUCAUUGAGGUUUGGGACAGCAAUAACACAAGUUAUGCAGGGAUGGGCUUUGGAGUGUGAUACAGGGUUAGUUUUAGAUUACUUUAUGCAAGAUAGGGACAAGGCAUUUGGGGCAGCAGGUUGCAGGUUUAAUACCAUGACAUGGCUUCAUUGCAACAGGUUUUGGACAGUAUUGCAAGCUAUUUUUGUAGGGCUAUUUUUGUUUGGUUUUGACUAUUUUGAUAGCAUGUUUUACGGUAGGCUGGGAAAAGGGUGUAACAGGUUUUGGUUUGUGUUGAGAACAUGUAUGUAUAGGAGCAACAAGGCUGGUUUUGGCUGUAGCAUAAUUUGGAAGGGUUUGGCAUGUCCUUAUGUUACAAGGUUUGAAGUAAGGAAAAUGGAGAAGGCUUGA